GCCGGGAGCGCCGCGACCGCCGCGACCGCCGCCGCCGUGCGCCCCGAGCGGCGUGAGCGUGGGAGGAAGCGCGGCCGCGCCCGCCGGGCCCCGUCGACUGUGCCGCCCGCGGAGGGCGCCGGCCGGAUCCCAGCACACUUUGCCCAACUCCUGUGCCCAGCUGAGUGACUGUUCCUGUGACUAUUCGUGCUGGCCCUCCUGUCCUUCAUGAGUAUGACAGAUACCCAGCACCUCGGAGAACGAUGGCAGCCGCUUACCUCGACCCGAACCUGAACCACACACCCAGCUCUGGCACCAAAGUCCCACUGAGCACGGGUGCAGAACGCUCCCCUGGGGCCAUGGAGCGGCUCUUGAAGGUCUUCCAUUAUUUCGAGAGCAAUAGUGAGCCGACCACGUGGGCCAGUAUCAUCAGGCAUGGAGACGCCACAGAUGUCAGGGGCAUCAUCCAGAAGAUAGUGGACAGUCACAAGGUCAAGCAUGUGGCUUGCUACGGAUUCCGCCUGAGUCACCUGCACUCAGAGGAGGUUCACUGGCUGCAUCUGGAUAUGGGCGUCUCCAGUGUGCGGGAGAAGUACGAGCUGGCACACCCGCCUGAGGAGUGGAAGUAUGAAUUGAGAAUUCGUUAUUUGCCAAAAGGAUUUCUAAACCAGUUUACUGAAGACAAGCCAACUCUGAAUUUCUUCUAUCAACAGGUGAAGAGUGACUACAUGUCAGAGGUUGCUGACCAAGUGGACCAGGAAAUCGCCCUGAAGCUGGGUUGCCUCGAGAUUCGGCGAUCCUACUGGGAGAUGCGGGGCAACGCGCUGGAGAAGAAGUCCAACUACGAGGUGUUAGAGAAAGACGUUGGGUUGAAGCGGUUUUUCCCUCGGAGCUUACUGGAUUCUGUCAAGGCCAAAACACUAAGGAAGCUCAUCCAGCAGACGUUCCGCCAGUUUGCCAACCUGAACCGGGAAGAAAGUAUCCUCAAGUUCUUCGAGAUCCUCUCCCCGGUGUACAGAUUUGACAAGGAAUGCUUCAAGUGUGCCCUGGGGUCAAGCUGGAUUAUUUCGGUGGAACUGGCCAUCGGUCCUGAAGAAGGCAUCAGUUACCUCACGGACAAGGGCUGCAACCCCACACACCUGGCCGACUUCAACCAAGUGCAGACCAUUCAGUAUUCGCACAGCGAGGACAAGGACCGAAAAGGAACGCUGCAGCUGAAAAUAGCGGGCGCCCCUGAGCCCCUCACAGUGACCGCACCGUCCCUCACCAUCGCAGAGAAUAUGGCUGACCUGAUCGACGGCUACUGCCGGCUGGUGAGUGGGGCCUCGCAGUCCUUCAUCGUCCGGCCUCAGAAGGAAGGUGAACGGGCUUUGCCAUCCAUACCAAAGUUGGCCAACAGCGAGAAGCAGGGUGUGCGGGCACACGCCGUCUCCGUGUCAGGAAUCACUCACUGCCAGCACAGAGCUAAGAGGGCUAGGCGCUUCUUCCCCCUGGUGUUCUGCUCCCACGAGCCUCCUUCCGCCGAUGAAAUUAGUGGGGACGAAACGGACGAUUAUGCCGAGAUCAUAGACGAAGAGGAGACAUACACCAUGCCCUCAAAAAGCUAUGGAAUAGAUGAAGCCAGGGAUUAUGAGAUUCAGAGAGAAAGAAUAGAACUUGGACGGUGUAUUGGAGAAGGCCAGUUUGGAGAUGUCCACCAAGGCGUUUAUAUGAGUCCAGAGAACCCAGCGCUCGCGGUCGCUAUAAAGACAUGUAAAAACUGUACUUCGGACAGCGUCAGAGAGAAGUUCCUGCAGGAAGCCUCCGGGGAGCAUCUCCAGCGAGUUCCCCGAUGCGACUGUGCGCCCCAUUUGCCUGCAGUGACCAUGCGGCAGUUCGACCACCCUCACAUCGUGAAGCUGAUCGGCGUUAUCACUGAGAACCCUGUGUGGAUCAUCAUGGAGCUCUGCACGCUUGGAGAGCUGAGGUCAUUCCUGCAAGUGAGGAAGCACAGCCUGGCCCUGGCCUCUCUGAUCCUGUAUGCCUACCAGCUGAGCACAGCUCUCGCCUACUUGGAGAGCAAGAGAUUCGUGCACAGGGACAUUGCUGCUCGGAAUGUUCUGGUGUCCUCCAAUGACUGUGUGAAAUUAGGAGACUUUGGCUUGUCCCGCUACAUGGAAGACAGCACGUACUACAAAGCUUCCAAGGGGAAACUGCCUAUUAAAUGGAUGGCUCCCGAGUCCAUCAACUUCCGGCGCUUCACCUCGGCCAGUGAUGUGUGGAUGUUUGGUGUGUGUAUGUGGGAGAUUCUCAUGCAUGGUGUGAAGCCUUUUCAAGGAGUGAAGAACAAUGAUGUGAUCGGGCGGAUUGAGAAUGGGGAAAGAUUACCAAUGCCUCCAAAUUGCCCUCCCACCCUCUACAGCCUUAUGACGAAAUGCUGGGCCUAUGACCCCAGCAGGCGGCCCCGGUUCACUGAGCUCAAAGCUCAGCUCAGUGCCAUCCUGGAGGAGGAGAAGGUGCAGCAGGAGGAGCGGCUGAGGAUGGAGUCCCGGCGGCAAGUCACGGUGUCCUGGGACUCGGCAGGCCCCGAUGAAGCGCCACCCAAGCCCAGCAGACCCGGCUACCCCAGUCCCCGGUCCAGCGAGGGCUUUUACCCCAGCCCGCAGCACAUGGUCCAGGCCAAUCACUACCAGGUGUCCGCCUACCCUGGCCCCCACGGGGUCACAGCCACAGCUGGCAGCAUCUACCCAGGCCAGGCUUCACUCCUGGACCAGACAGACACUUGGAAUCACAGAGCUCAGGAGGUGUCCAUGUGGCGGCCCACUGUGGAGGACUCUGCCGCCCUGGACCUGCGCGGGAUCGGGCAGGUGCUGCCCGCGCACCUCAUGGAGGAGCGGCUGAUCCGGCAGCAGCAGGAGAUGGAGGAAGACCAGCGCUGGCUGGAGAAGGAGGAGCGCUCCCUGCAGAAACCAGAUGUGAGGCUCUCGAGAGGCAGCAUGGACAGGGAGGACGGCGGUCUGCAGGGCUCGACCGGGAACCAGCACAUCUACCAGCCCGUCGGGAAGCCGGAUCCUGCAGCUCCACCAAAGAAGCCACCGCGCCCUGGUGCCCCUGGCCACCUGGGCAGCCUCGCCAGCCUCAGCAGCCCUGGGGACAGCUACAACGAGGGCGUCAAGCUGCAGCCCCAGGAGAUCAGCCCCCCUCCCACUGCCAACCUGGACCGGUCCAGCGACAAGGUAUAUGAGAACGUGACUGGGCUGGUGAAAGCGGUCAUUGAGAUGUCCAGCAGGAUCCAGCCUGCGCCGCCCGAGGAGUAUGUGCCUAUGGUGAAGGAGGUGGGCCUGGCCCUGCGGACGCUGUUGGCGACGGUGGAUGAGACCAUCCCUGCACUGCCCGCCAGCACUCAUCGAGAGAUUGAGAUGGCCCAGAAACUGCUGAACUCGGACCUGGGUGAGCUCAUCAACAAGAUGAAACUGGCCCAGCAGUAUGUCCUGACCAGCCUCCAGCAGGAGUACAAGAAGCAGAUGCUGACCGCGGCUCAUGCCUUGGCCGUGGAUGCCAAGAACUUGCUCGAUGUCAUUGACCAGGCGAGACUGAAGAUGCUUGGACAGCCGCGGCCACGCUGAACUGCCCCGCGCCUGCAAGCGCCCGCCUAGCCCGUCCCACCAGCACGGCCUCAGCCAUCGUGGCGGGCCGGUGUCUCCUUGCUCACCACUUGGACCCCUGUUGAUUGGCCCUGGGGUCUCGGUGUUGGAGACAGCCUGAGUGAUGUUUCUGAGACAGAGACCAUGGGAGAAGCAUCUGGAAGGGCUCGGCGCAUGUGACCCUCCUGGGGACGCACAUCACGGCAGUGCCGGCGCCGCCUUCACCCCGCACAGCUCGCCAAGUGCUGGGGGGGAGGUGAAGUGGAGGGUCCAGGACAUGAGGCUCAGCGCUGUCCAGACUGGGAAGUGCUGCUGGGACCCCUGUGGCAGAGGGGAGCCGAGAAGCCCAGAACCGGCCGUGGGCAACGCACUCUGCGGACUUGGUCUUUCUCACCAGAACCUCGUGCCAGUUUUUUGUAGCAAUGUUGUUUCUCUUGGAAGCAGACAUGCUUUGUACCAGAGCACCUCCACACUGCACUGAGAACUUCCGGAACCUCCCGUCCCCUUUUUUACAUAAUUUAUAAAGCCAGAUGAAAGCCAUGUCGACUCCGAGCAUGGGGCAGGCGCGGCUCACGUGGCCUGUCCCACGAGUGCCGUGAGUCGAGUUUCCUUUUGAUGUCCCGUUACACCAUUCAUUCUGUUAAAUAAUUUUGAAGAAUAUGCCCUCCCUUUAGUUUGUUGGGGGAUAUAAAUUAUUCUCAGGAAGAAUAUAAUGAACUGUACAGUUACUUUGACCUAUUAAAAAGGUGUUACGGUAAAGGUCUCAGUGUGCUGCC